CAGACUGUUGCGGGCACAGGGUUCACAUUCGGGGCGAUGCGAUGUAUCCGAUGGACCAAGCUGACCGAUUUUUCCUAUUCCUACGUUGUUUACAAUGAUCUAGAUACUGUAAAUGGGUAUCGAGUGCAACUUGCGACAACACCUCUAUCUUCCAGCAUCCAAACAAGCUGUAGUCCUACAACGAAUCCUUCGGCGGAGGAAUUCCAUGUCUUAGUGAAAACAGUUUCCUCGCUAUCUGUUUAUAAAGAAUGUCCAAGUCUUCUCCAGGGAUUAUGGAAAUAUGAGCAUCAGAGUCUCAACACCACUUCCUGUAGAGCAGACUCAUCGUUAAGUGUCUGUGGGACCACCGUGAAGUUCAACUACCAAAAGUGCAACAAAACACAAGCAUUCUCUGAAGGUGGUGAAGUAAAUUGCAUUCACACAAAGAUGGACAAUGUGAGUCAGCAUUACUUUACCAUUGUUUACAAUGCCGACGAGAACAUUGAUACCUUGACAACGCAUCGCUUUACGUGUUUUGCGUUCGUCCAAAAUGAGUCUGUAGUUCAGGCGAGCGAUAGUGCCGGAAGCUGUGAGCCGAGUCAAACAGCAACAAACCGACAGACAGACGGAUCUGGCACUCUGCUACUACAGAAAUCAGGAGUCUGUCGUAAGUAA